CUGAAAGUGAAGUUACUCAUUUGUAUAAGGAAGUAUAAUGAAGAGAUGUCGAACUUUGCGAUUCUGUUAUUCAGCUUCGGAUUCCUAGCAGUGUAUUGUCGAAGUCACAUCCUUCACUAUCAUGUCACUCUGGUAUCACCUCCUAUCACUGGUGUUCCUGAGUUUUCAGUUAUUAUGUAUGUGGACGAUGUGCCGCAUGGAAAGUACAACAGUGACACACAUCAGGCCGAGGCUUUUUCUCCAUCACCCAAGGCCCUUUCUGAGCAUUUACAGAAGCAGACCAAAUAUGCUCAGCAAUAUGAAGUGUGGCAAUGGCGCAGGAUGAAGUUUCUUAUGGAAUUUUACAAUAAGACAAAAGGUGAUGGACAUAUCCAUGUCUACCAGAGGAAGGUUGCCUGUGAGCUGCAUGAUGAUGGCACCAUUGGUGGAUAUUUGGAAAUUGCUUUCGAUGGGAAGGAAUUUUUAGUUUUCGAUAAGAAGAGAGUGGUGUAUGUGCCUGUAACACGGGAGGCUGUGAUGGUGUCUCAUCUAUGGAAUAAACUUUAUGAUACAACGUAUAGUAAGAUGUACAUGGAGGUUGACUGCAUCGAGCACAUAAGGAUAUAUCUCCCUUUUAUCUUGACUGACUUGGAGAAGAAAGUUCUCCCUAAAGUGAAGGUUUCCAGCUCAGAGUCAGAGAGUGGUACCAAACUGCACUGCUGGGUGUAUGGGUUCUACCCCCGAGAUGUGGAAGUGAAGUGGAUAAAGAAUGGGAGAGAUGAGAUUUACUCAGAGGAAUCAGCAGAGAUCCUGCCAAACCCUGAUGGCACCUAUCAGAUCAGAGUCAGUGUGGAGGUAACACCAGAGGAGGGCGCCACUUACUCCUGCCACGUGGAUCACAGCAGUUUGGAGAAGACAAUGGUUGUUCCCUUUGAAAUUAACAGAAGCAGCCGACGACAUUGUUGUAGCUACGCCUCUGUCUUUGUGGUUGGCCUGGCGGUUGUAUUUAUAUAUAUAUACACACAUGCAAAGCACAAAAGACUGAAACCUGCGCACAAAGUGCCAUUCCAUACGUGACAGUGGAGUCAAUAUGAAGGACAGUGUUUGUUGCUUCUUUAUGGCAAAUACCUGAGCCAGGCUUUGUGUUGAAUUAUCACACAGGGGACAACAUGGGCAACAAAAUGGUUCAGGCUCCAGACUGAAACUUGAGAUGUUGGUGAAGAUGGUUUGACAUUUCAAUUGUGUUGUCCCUAAAAUUAGGUGCUCAGGCAAAUAGUAUUAUUCAGUUUUAUUUUUGAAAUGCUAGCUAUCAUAUCACCAUGUUUACAGGUCUAAACUGCUUGAAUCCAGUCCCUAAGCUAUGUACAGGAAUGGGUCCUCUUGUUUAGAAUGCUCAGGAACUAGGGUUUUUGGGAUAAGGGAUCUUUCCAUCAUUUGAUUCUUCAUACCUUAAGUCUACUAGAAAAUCAUAUAA